AUGGCGCUAGCGCCGGCGUGGAAGAAACCCCGGGCUGCGGGCCCGGUGGUCUGGUGGCUGCGGAACGACCUGCGCUUGGAGGACAAUCCGGUCGCCAGGGCAGCAGUGGCAGAAGCGCUGACCGAUGGGCGCCCACUUCUGUCAGUCUUCGUUUUUGACCCACGAUUUCUUGACCGUUCGCCUUACGGUCGCGUCACAGACCCUGAGUUCAAGAAGUCCAUUGGUACCCGAAAACCAGUCGAUUUUGGCAACCGCAAGACGUGCGCUCUACGAGCUCGAUUUUGGCUUCAGUGCGUUCGUGCAGUGGGUGAGGACAUCAUUAAACAUGGCGGCAAUUUCAUGGUUUGCCACGGCCGCCCAGAGCAAGUGUUGGACUCGCUGCCACAGGGGUCAUUGGUGGUUUGCCAGAGCGAGCCUGUCUCUCCCGAACAGACCGACGUUGAGGAUGCCGUGGCCGACUCUCUCAGACGCCACGGCAGCGAGCUGCGGCGCGAGUGGGGUGCCAUGAGCCUCUACCAUUGCCAGGACUUGCCAUUCGGCCUGUCAGCCUCACCGGGCAACUACACAGAGCUCACACUCACACUGGGCUGGGAGGACCUUUGGCGCUCUCCAACCAGAUCCUCCACUGCCACGCCCAUCCGCUUCCCUGUGGCAGCACCGCAGGUUUUCCCCAAGCCUGCUGUUCUUCCCGACGAGCUGCCUGGAGUCAUCAGCCCUGCAGUCCUUGCCAACGAGCGUGAAGCGUUGAAACUUCUGGGUUAUGAUGACCACGAGAUUGAUGAGGCCAUGGCGCAGGAGAUGCCACCGGGCGGCGAGGCAUCGGCCCGGGACUGGCUGGAGAAGUGGCUGCGGGAAGACCGCGAGGAGAAGGCCCCGUCUGCGGAACUUCCCGUCUUCUGGGAUUUGCCGACUGGUGGACAGGACAAGGCUAGUGGAGGGCGGGAUGCGCUGCAGUGGGCCAACCUGGCCCGCCCCGACGGAUGGUUGAGGGUAUCCCACUACAUGGCAGUUGGCUGUAUCUCAGCCAGAGAGAUUCUGGCUCGAGCUGAAGAAUCUGCAAACUACAAUGGUGUUGCUCAUCGCCUGCUGUGGCGUGAGCUUCAUCGUUUGAACGCGAUCAGGUGGGGGCGACGUCUGUUUUGGCUACAGGGUCCCGGCCGCGUGGAGCGCCCCUGGUCGUGGGAUGCUUCCAUGACAGAUGCGUGGAAGGUUGGCAGAACUGGAGUCCCCUACAUUGACGCUUGUAUGCGGGAGCUGAAGCAGACUGGCUGGCUGGCUUACAAAGGCCGCAAGACCAGCGGCUUCUACUUCGUCUUCAUCCUGGGAUUGGACUGGCGAGUGGGUGCUUUCCAUUUUGAGGACGUGCUCCUGGACUACGAUGUAGCUAUGAACUACGGAAACUGGGUGGUCGUUGCGGAGGUGGACAAGCAAAACCGCGGGGCGCAUGGCUUCACUUCGUUGGAAGACCUGGCCGCCUGGAAGCGGGAGGAAUUCGAGUGGAAGUUGACUGCAGAAAAGACCAACGACCCUUCUGGAUCCUACAUCAAGCGCUGGGUGCCCGAACUUGCAAACGUCGAUGCUGCUCACAUCCAUGAUCCCUGGACCAUGACCCAAGAACAGAUGGCCAAAUGUUGCUUGUCUGCAUCCAGUUGCCGAGUUUGCUUCUUGCUCUAG